AUGGCGGACAAAAAUGUUUUUCAAUCAAUACUAUUUUCUCUCUCUAUAGUUUCUCUCUAGCGUUGUCCUCCGAAGAACUUACAAGGGAUGGGAGAAACGAUUCAAAAAAUGCAGAAACUCAGGUUAGAAUGCGAAACAGAGAUUCCGAUUCAACUACAACAAGCUACUUCUGCACUAACUUCAUUCCGAAAUUCAUUAGAUUUCAUUGAGCUCAAAUCCGCACAAACGUCUCAAAAUCAAGAGAAACUUGGAUAUCUCAAAACGGGCUCGAGAGAAUUGGAAGAUGAAUUGGUUAAAGCUCUAGCAGUGAAAACUGAUAGAGAGGCAAAGCGUCUGGACUUGAAUGAUUCAGUACUUGCUGCAAAAGCCAGGAUAGAAGAACUAAAAAGAAUUGUGCAAAUCAAAACAGCAAAGGAAGAAGAGUAUGGAGCAAUCAUUUCAAGACAAUCAAUGGCUAUAGAAGCACAGGAAGAAAAGGUUAAGAAGAUCACAGAUCACAAAGAGAGCACGGAAGAUGCCAUUUCAUGGUACAAUAAGGUUCUUGGCUUUCGAAUUGAAGGAGGACGUGGAGUCAAAUUUAUAUUUAAUAACAUUAACACAGAACAUCCACAUGAAGAAUAUUCAUUCAUUGUUCGGCAUGAGGACAAUACCUAUACUUUGCUAGAUUGCCAUCCAUUCGUGGAAGACACCAAAGAAUUGGUACAAGAGUUGAAUAGAACUAAUGGUCUGUUCAAGUUCGUCAGAAUCAUGAGAGAAAAGUUUCAAGCGGCUGUAUCGAUCGGAUAUCCUGAUCAGGCUACUUCUGUGCAUCCUGAGUCGGCCAUGGUUUCUGUCUCAGCACCCACCUCAUUAGAUUACGCAAAUGGGAGUGAAUCCAGAAACGAGCAAAAUCAACUGCCUGAUCAACCAGGAGCCCCCGAGAUAUGCAACAAGAAGGUUAAACGUGUUGGUGUGGAGAAAUCACAAAUUCUAUCUCCUGCAUCUGCAUCUGCAUCAUCUCAUCGCCGGUCUCCGCGUUUACUUGCUAAGAAUAGAGCAAAGAAUAAUUGAUCAUCCUGAGGUUGUUUGCAUUAACUCAGGAUAUCCGUCAACUUCCUUGUUGAAGAUUACAGUGUUCUGUGGCAGUUUAGAGUUGAAAAAUGAAGGCAUGAAACAAUCAGUUGUCCGUCCAUCCGUCCGUGGGAAUCAGGUGAGGGCUGUUUUUGAGGCAAAAUGGCCUCAAUAUAUUUUCAGUUCAAAUAGGAUAAAGUUAGUGCUACUGUGUUAUCUUUUAGGUUUGUGUAUCUAUGUAUAGUUAUUAGUAAUUGUUUUGUUUACAACAAUGCUUUUAGGUGUUCUGGCCUUCUGGGAACAUACAACAUAUAGGCAGUGGUUGUAAAAUCUUUUUGAGGUUUCCCAUGAAGGCGAGCCUUUUUCCGCAUAAAGUAUGAGUCCAGGCCUUAGUAUAAUCAGUAUAAGAAUAUGACCUGGGUUUGAUAUGAGGAUGCAUUAAAUUUUCCAAACCCAUGAGGGUUCA